AUGGCAAACCAACCCCCGUCGAUUGAGGUGCAGGGUCUCUCCUACAAAUUCCAAGAUGGUUCGUCGGGUCUGGAGGACGUACAGAUGAUUCUUCCACCGGGGAGCCGGACUCUGCUGAUUGGCGCGAACGGCGCGGGGAAAACCACGCUCCUCCGGCUCGUCUCAGGAAAGCGCCUUGCCCCCACCGACACCAUCGCUGUGGGCGGCACCGACCCCUUCAAACAUGGGCUGGAGGGCGUCACAUAUUUGGGUGUGGAAUGGGUGCUGAACAGCAUCGUCCGCACCGACAUUGACGUGCCGACGCUGCUGGCCUCGGUGGGUGGCAACGUCUAUCCUGAGCGACGCGACGAGCUGGUCGAAAUUCUCGACAUUGAUCUGCGCUGGCGCAUGCAUGCCGUCUCCGACGGUGAGCGGCGUCGUGUCCAGCUGGCCAUGGGUCUUCUGCGGCCCUGGCAGGUCCUGCUUCUCGACGAGAUCACCGUGGAUCUCGAUCUGCUAUCCCGGAGCAACUUUUUGGCUUUUCUCAAGCGAGAGACUGAGACCAGGCCCUGUACUAUCGUCUAUGCCACGCAUAUCUUGGAUAACCUAGCGCAGUGGCCGACCCACCUUGUCCAUAUGCAUCUGGGGAAGGUCAAGGCUUGGGGUCCGGUGGAGGAUUUCCAUUCCGAGGUGCCGCAGUGGACGUCUGAGAAUAGUCGCCUCGGAGAGUUGGUUCUCAAAUGGCUCAAGGAGGACCUGCAGACUCGAGGGCCGCGGAAUGGUCGACAAAACCAGGCCAAGACCUACGAAUCCCUCGAAGGGCUCGGGGGCUAUGGACUGGAGAAACCCAGCUAA